CUCACUGAGUCAGCGAGUCAGAGACUCAGAGUCCCUAUCCACCAAUGGGCGUGAAUUCCACCACCACCGUCAACAAAAUCCAAUCGGGAUUACCGAUGUCAGUGGCAUCUUCGCCGUUGGAGAUCCACAACGUGCGGUUGCCGCCGCGGCGAAGCACCUCACAGAAGCUGAGGCAGAGGCUCUCCGACAUAUUCUUCCCGGACGAUCCACUUCACCGGUUCAAGAACCAACCGUCAUGGCUGGUGAAGCUCAUGCUCGGUGUUCAGUGCAUGUUCCCUAUCUUCCAGUGGGGCCCAACCUAUAACCUUUCCCUUUUUCGUUCUGACGUCAUCUCUGGCCUCACCAUUGCUAGUCUCGCCAUUCCUCAGGGAAUCAGCUAUGCUAAGCUUGCAAACCUGCCACCUAUUAUUGGAUUAUAUUCAAGUUUUGUGCCACCAUUGAUAUAUUCCCUGCUUGGAAGCUCUAAACAUCUUGGUGUUGGUCCAGUCUCAAUUGCAUCUUUGGUGAUGGGAUCAAUGUUAAGUGAAACAGUUUCUUAUACACAAGAUCCAAUUCUUUAUCUCAAAUUGGCCUUCACUGCCACUUUCUUUGCUGGUGUCUUCCAAUCUUCUUUGGGAAUAUUAAGGUUAGGAUUUGUGAUUGAUUUUCUGUCAAAGGCAACACUGGUAGGAUUCAUGGCUGGUGCAGCCAUAAUUGUAUCUUUGCAGCAGCUGAAAGGGUUGCUUGGAAUAGUGCACUUCACCAGCAAGAUGCAAAUAAUUCCAGUAUUAGCCUCGGUUUUCAAACAAAAAGACGAGUGGUCAUGGCAAACUAUUGUACUGGGAUUUGGCUUCUUGGCCUUCCUCCUGAUAACAAGACACAUUAGCUUAAGGAAGCCAAACUUAUUCUGGGUUUCAGCAGCUGCUCCAUUGGCAUCAGUUAUUCUUUCAACAAUUUUAGUCUUUCUCCUAAGAAACAAGGCUCAUGGAAUUGCAAUUAUUGGUGAAUUGCCAAAAGGCCUUAAUCCACCAUCAUCAAACAUGUUAUUCUUUAGUGGCCCUUAUUUGGCUCUUGCUAUCAAAACUGGAAUUGUUACUGGGAUCUUGUCUCUAACUGAAGGAAUUGCAGUUGGAAGAACAUUUGCUGCUCUUAAGAAUUACCAGGUGGAUGGAAACAAAGAAAUGAUGGCCAUUGGUAUCAUGAACAUAGCUGGCUCUUGUUCUUCAUGCUAUGUCACAACAGGAUCCUUUUCGCGAUCGGCUGUUAACUAUAAUGCUGGAGCACAGACAGCAGUCUCAAAUAUAAUCAUGGCUUCAGCAGUUCUUGUGACUCUUCUGUUUCUAAUGCCACUAUUCUAUUACACGCCAAACGUCGUCUUAGCAGCGAUUAUCAUCACUGCUGUGAUUGGCCUAAUAGAUUACCAAGCUUCAUAUAAGCUAUGGAAGGUUGACAAGCUUGAUUUCUUGGCCUGCAUGUGCUCCUUUUUCGGAGUUCUGUUCAUCUCAGUGCCUUUAGGCCUUAGUAUUGCGGUGGCAAUAUCAGUGUUCAAGAUAUUGCUUCAUGUCUCAAGACCAAACACAUUGGUGUUGGGGAAUAUACCAGGGACAACAAUAUUCCACAAUGUAAACCAGUAUAGAGAAGCUCUUAGAAUCCCUUCAUUCCUCAUUUUGGCUGUUGAGUCUCCCAUCUACUUUGCUAAUUCAACUUACCUUCAAGAAAGGAUUUUGAGAUGGGUUAGAGAAGAGGAAGAGCAUAUCAAAGCAAACAAUGGAAGUAAAUUGGAGUGCAUAAUUUUGGACAUGACAGCUGUGACAGCCAUAGACACAAGUGGGAUAGACACUUUAUGUGAACUUAGAAAGAUGCUGGAGAAAAGAUCACUUCAGCUGGUGUUGGCAAAUCCAGUUGGAAGUGUGAUGGAAAAGUUGCAUCAAUCAAACAUUUUGGAUUCCUUUGGUUUGAAAGGAGUGUAUCUCACAGUUGCUGAAGCUGUGGCUGACAUUUCAUCCUCUUGGAAAGCACAACCUUGAUGAUUUACCUUAAAAAAAUGAAUUCAUAGGACACAACAAGAAAGAGACGUUACAACUAACAUCUUUCUCCAACUUUUGGCCUAACCCUUCGGAAGUUUAAUUUUGCCUACUUGAGAGAGAGUUCAUGGAACAUUUAAGGCCUAGUUUCGUUCUAAGAGGGUCCUUUUACCAACUAUUUUUGCUUUUUGUCCAUUUUUAUCUUUUGCUAGAGGCAAAAAGAAUCAAAGCGAGAUAUGUUUUGAUGACUUUAUUCCUGCGGAUAUUUUAAUGAAAGAACCAACAAAGAAUUGGAGACUUGGUAUUUGACU